AUGUACAACUCGAAUACAACAUCUACUAUGCAGGGAGCCAAGGAAACCCCGCUGAACGAUUUUAUGGUGCAGCAGCCGCCCACAGACACCAUUUCUUCUAUAAAGUACAGCCCAGUGGAAGACCUUCUCACAGCGUGUUCGUGGGACGGGUCGGUUUACAUCUAUGCGCCUAGCAACCCAAGCUCGCACGAGUCAAUGUGCCUAAAAACGUCUAUCCCGAACCCGAACAACUCGCCGAUACUGUGCAGCUGCUUUUCUGGCGACGGAAGGUUUCUAUUUACAGGGAGCGCAGACGGGGUGAUUCGCGCAAUAGAUAUGACAAAUGGGUCCUCCUCCGACUUGGGGGCGCACACUCUGGCUGUAAGCAGCAUGGCGUUCACCAACGCUGGCACGCUGGUCACUGGGAGCUGGGACAAGACCGUUAAGGUGUGGAGCAUAAACAACAUGCAGGCGCCGCCAAAGGAGCUUAUAAUGGAGGACAAAGUGUACGAUAUUGACAGCAAAAUGAACACCAUCACAAUCCUCAUGGGAAACACAAUUGCGUCGUACGAAGUGUACAGCCUGGAGAAGAUUCAGCAAAGCACAGGAUACCAAAGCAAAAUGAGAACGGGCGUGGGCAUAGGCUAUGGAAGCAUGCAGUCUCAGACGAAGUACCAAAUCAAGUCAAACUGGCAGCUGCGGAAAGUAGCGUGCUCUAACGACGGACAGGACGCGAUUGUGGGGACCACAGGGUCUAAGACAGAGAUAGUGGCCAUUCGCCCAAACAGCAGCAUUAGCACUAUGUACUUCGGGUUCAAGUGCAAGUACACAUCUGACAGAACCGUGUCUCCCGUAAACGUGGUUUUGUACCACCCGGCCUUCCCCAACACAAUUGCCACGGCAGGAACUGAAGGAGUGGUUAUGCUGUGGAACAGACAGGCAAAGUGCAGGCUUGGGUUUGGCGGCCCGGGCGUUGCAACCAAUGGGGCUGACAGAGCGAUUACUGCAGCAGCUUUCAACAGCACGGGAAGAUACUUGGCAAUUGCGGUGGGCUACGACUGGUCGCAGGGAUACAAGUCGCACAUAAACACGCCGGUGGAGAUAAGAAUACUAUUAAUACCCGAAGAAAUACAUACAAAGAGCGGGCAAAGGAUAUAA